UCGCGAGGUGGUGGUUGGUCUACGUGGCGUUGAUUGAUCGUGAGGAGGUCAAGCAAGCAAGCAGAGCGAAGCGAAGCGAAGAUGGCGGUCAAGAUCGGCAUCAAUGGGUUCGGCCGCAUUGGAAGGUUGGUCCUGAGGGCUUCCCUCAACCACCCUAACGUGCAGGUGGUGGCUGUGAACGACCCUUUCCUUGAUCCCGAGUACAUCGUCUACCUCUUCAAGUACGACACCGUGCACGGCAAGUACAAGGGCGAGGUCGGUCUGUCCGCCGACAAGAAGCUGGUCGUGGAUGGCAAGGAGAUCGCCAUUUUCGCUCUGAGGGAUCCUUCCGCGAUUCCGUGGGGAGAGGCAGGUGCGGAUUACGUGGUCGAGUCCACCGGUGUGUUCACGGACAAGGACAAGGCGGCUGCCCAUCUGAAAGGCGGUGCGAAGAAGGUGGUCAUCUCUGCUCCCUCGGGCAACGCGCCAAUGUUUGUGAUGGGCGUGAACGAGGAGAAAUACACGCCGGAUCUGGACGUGAUCUCGAACGCGAGCUGCACGACCAACUGCUUGGCGCCUCUUGCCAAGGUCAUCAACGACAACUUCGGCAUCGUGGAGGGACUGAUGACCACCGUGCACGCCGUGACGGCCACGCAGAAGACGGUGGACGGGCCAUCUGGCAAGGAUUGGAGGGGCGGGCGUGGGGCUGGAUUCAACAUCAUUCCCAGCGGAACGGGCGCCGCCAAAGCUGUGGGCAAAGUCCUUCCUGAGCUCAACGGCAAGCUGACGGGCAUGGCCUUCCGUAUCCCGACGGCCGAUGUGUCUGUGGUGGAUCUGACGGUGAGGCUGGAGAAGAGUGCCAGCUACGACGAAAUCAAGGCUGUGAUCAAGAAGGCCUCCGAGACCGAUCUGAAGGGCAUCUUGGGGUACACGGAGGACGAUGUGGUGUCGUCGGAUUUCAUCGGUGAUGCUCGGUCGAGCAUCUUCGACGCCAAGGCGGGUAUUGCCCUGAACGGGAACUUCGUGAAGCUGGUGUCCUGGUACGACAACGAGUGGGGUUACUCCAACCGUGUGGUGGAGUUGAUUGAGCAUAUCUCCAAAGCUUAAAUCAAUGUGUGUGUGAUGUGUGUGUGUGUGUGUGUGUGUGUGUGUGUGUGUGUGUGAUGUGUGUUGUGUUCGUAGGUUGGUAGUAGCUAAUUAGUUGAGAUCAGUCAUUGUGAGGGUAAUCAUUUUGUUUUUCUCUCGUUAUUUCUGAUUGGCCGAAUCAUAACGAGACGAUGUGUUGCCUUGUGCGUUGUUUUCCAUCGAAGGGGUGGCUGUAUGGUGAUCUGGAAUAAUGAGAUGAUGUGUCUCCGUUGUAAUUGGAGAUCGGGCGCCCUCAUUGUGACUGUAUUUCGACAUUAAUCGAGUGUUCCCGCCCCCUCCCCCCUCCCCCCCCCCCCCCCCCCCCGGGUUCCAUCUGGAUCCGAACUCAGGUUUGUUUUCUUUGUGUUUAUCUAUCUAGCUCGAUCUGGAUUCGACCUCAAUUGUGUUUUUCAACAGUUCAGAGUAAAAGAAAAACGUUUUA